AGAAUGAAAUGCGAGCAGCGGAGCACGUGGCUUUCAGCGCAUGCUGCGCCCUCUAACGGCAUCCGCUGUGAACUGUUGCACUUGCUCAGUUAAGUCACGCGACUCGCGUCUUCGCAUCCUCGACCGCCGCUCAGCUUAUCACAAUGUGUCGCGGUGGACGCUAGUGAGCAGAUAUAUUUCUGCCUCUCGCGCAAGACAGCACGUCGAUGUUCUGACGAGGGUCUUGGUAACCCUUACUGACACUGUAAACUCACGUUCUCUUGCGACUCGCUCUAUUUUUUUUUUUUUUUUUUUGUCAACCAUGCUGCGACUUUAAAUGCUCAGUGAAGGUUACCGUCUGGUUUCAGCUGCUCGGACGGUGACAUUGACAGACGUCAGUCUUAGCGCGGACACUGGGAUUCGUCAUCUGACCUCCGAAGAAAUAGCAGGCCACAGCGAAGACAGCACCUCUGCUUCCGUGGUUGAGACGCACACCGAGAAAGGGACUGCCCACGCGAGGGUCACUAGAAAUGGCGCCACGCGCAGCUUGGCAGCGAGGUCACCUCUACGGACGGAGCGCUCGCGACCGACAACGCUGCUGUCCGGAGCCACCUCGCCGUCCACAGCGGAUAGCGCAGCUUCCGUCGGGAGGAGGCCUCGCGAAGACGUUGCGAGCGAACCCAAGGAAGAGCCCAAGGUGGAUGAACCCGAGCUGCAGCGCGCAGUUGAGUCGGGCAUGGAUCCCGGAGCCAAGCCGAAGAUCGAGCCCCUCGUGCUGCCCAACUUAGAGCACAGGAUGCUCGAGCCGUCGCUUCUUCCGCCGCGGUCGCCACCUGGACGCAGGGAUCUGCACCAACCUCUGAAGAUGCGUGACCUGAGGGACAGGCCCAAAGUUAAACGGUCUCUCUGCAACAGACUAUUCGCGCCUGGCCUGACCGUCGUGUUGGUGCUCACCAUAGCAGUUUUGAGUACGGCCCUCAUGGAACACUGGUGGAACCGCGACCGACCGAUGGUCAGGGGCUUGUUCGGCGCCGUGCGUGGGGAGAAGAUUGUGGUCAGCGACCAGGGACGCCUGUGGACCGUGCACGCCUUCCUGGGCGUCCCUUUCGCCAAGGCGCCCCGAGGACCUCUGCGCUUCAAGCCGCCGCAACCGCUGGACACGCCACUUGGGAGGGACGAGAGAGGAAACACCCUGGACAGCCUGGCCAAGCGGCCGCCCUGUCCGCAGCAGGACUUCUACCUCGGUCAGCAGUUGGUCAACACCGCCAACGGAAGUGAGGACUGCCUGCACGUCAACAUCUGGGUGCCGGCUCGAAAUUGCUCGCCCGAUGCGGAGCCGAGCUCGUGCCGAGGAAAGACCGUGCUCUUCUUCCUCUACGGGGCGUCCUUCCAGAACGGCGGGAACAGCUUCGAGCUCUACGACGGCCGUUACCUGUCCGCCCUGGGCGACCUGGUGGUGGUCGUACCGAACUACCGCGUCGGGGCGCUGGGCUUCCUCAGCGGCCCGUCGGCCAACACGUUGCCGGGCAACGUCGGCCUGCACGAUCAGCGACUGGCGCUUUCGUGGACGCUGGCCAACAUCGAACACUUCGGCGGCAACACGUCCCGCCUGGUCCUGGCGGGUCACGACGCCGGGGCGACGUCCCUGGGCUACCACCUUUUCAGCGGGGACUCCGGCUUCUGGACCCGCAGCGUCACUCGCUUCAUCCUGCAGAGUGGGGGACCCUUCCACAGGUACGGAGGUGAUGGCGUCAAAGGUACCAUUCGUCUGGCGACCGGUGUCCAAUGCGUCGCUGACUUGGUGACCGAGGAGUCGCUGCGGUGCCUGCAGAACGCGCCCGUGGAUGCGGUGGCCCGUAGCAAGAUGGCGCCCACCUUCGUGCCCGUGUUCAAGAGGGCGCCACUGUCGAGGCCGCAAAUGCGGUUGGCGCUGGAGACGCCGGCCUCAGAAGCGUCCGGGCCCCAGGGCAAGCAGUUCCUGCUGGGCAGAGUGCAGAACGAGGGCUCCUACCCGUGGUUCGUCGAGCAGCAGCGCACCGGCUCCGGCGAUCCCCAGCAGCUCGCCGCGCUGCUGAUCGGACAGGACAACCUCGAUCGCUGGCAGAACGCCACGGGCGUCGUGCUCGAUCCGACCGUCGCCGACGAGUCGUACCAGGAGGCCGUAGGGGACGUCCUGGAGGCGUGUCCAAUGUCCCAGCUGGCCGAGCAGCUGCACGCGUGGAAGAACCGCGUGUACGCCUACGUGCUGGCAUACCGGCCCACGUACUCCAGCUGGACGGACGAGACCGAGGCCGUCCACUUCGAGGACGUGGAGCUGGUGUUCGGCGUGCCGCUCAGGCCCGGCGCGCCCUCUGGCGAGCUCGACAAGCAGUGGUCCAGGACCAUGAUACGCGUGUGGUCCACGUUCGCGCGCACGGGGGUAGGGGACAUCUCGGACCACGACGUCUGGAAGUUCGACGCCGGCGUCGACAUCAUCCUAGGCAGCGCCCUGUCCCUGGGCGAGGAGUUCAACGACGAGUACCUGCUUCCCUACUCCGCUAGCCUCAAGAGUGCCUACGACCCGGAGCACUUCCUUCGGAGUGUCUGCUUCUUCCUCAAGUGCAGUGCCGCCUCUGAAAAGCGGCCUUCCGUGGCGGGUGUACGAGCGAGACGGUGUCUCGCGCAGCGCCCUGUGGCCAAACUCCAGCGAGGAGACCAUCGGGGAGGCCGCCAACGAGAUAUGCAGCAGGACGCGGGCGUUCGCCCAAUAUUUGUACUGAACGUUGCUGCGAUGCCGAGGAACGCAGCCGCGUUUAUCGGCUUCGCAGGUAGCCAUCGUGCUUGUGCAUGUUAUGGGGACCGUCGUUUGCAAAUGAUAGUAGACGCCACGCAAGCUCAAGGAACUAUGGGGAAAAUGUUAGAUUUAUAUAUAACUAAUCCAAUUCCGGAAACGCUCCCUGUAGUUCUCAAGACGGAACGAGAUGUCCGGGGUCCUCUCUAUAGUCCGGUGCAAGGUUUUGUUGUUGUGUUGUUGAUGUUCCUAAUACAUAGAUUUCAGAAUGCGUUCAACAUUGCAGUUUCCGAUAGCUCGCGCGAGCUUGCGUGUGUGUACGUGUGUGCGGGCUGGUAUAUCUCAGGGCCCAGGUCGGUGAGCGUCUCUUGGGGAUCCCGUGGAUCUCUGGUAGCUCCACGGGGAUCGGGACUGGUGGUUUCUGGAGGGUUGCUGGUUACUCUGCGCAGAGCUAAUUGUAUGAGGGAAGAAACAGUCCGAAAGGAAAAUCGUUUUGAAUUAAAAACAACCACAGUUUGAUUUCAUUCAACAGAAAUGAUAUUCCUAAUCGAUAUUAUAUACGUGUAGCGAGGAAAUAAAAGGCAACUUUCUUUUAGUUUAUCAUCAACAAUAAAUGCCUUCUUUUCAGCACCCGCUAAAGGGGGCGUUCACGCCGCUAUCAAAUGCAAUGCAAUGCAGCUCUUCGAAGGCGUGCGCGCACGUAAAGUUCACCUGCUACUAUACGCCGCCCCCCCCCCCCCCCCGCCUAUCCCCUCCCUCGCACGUUGUGUUGGUUUGCUUGUUGAAGUUUGCCUCACUUCUGGUGACGCGAUGCUUGCGAGUUGUUUCAUCGUUGUCCAACUUGUUCAGUCGAGAGUAGUGAGCUAAGGCUGCCAGAUAAUUGUUUACUUUAGCUGACUUCGUGUGGCUGUGCUGGCCGACGGGCCUGGCGUUUUUGGCGUGCUAUUCACUUCAAAUUUAUUGGCAUACGAAGAUAUCGCUGCAGACUGCGCGUUAUCCUUCAUCUUUACGCUGCUCCAUCGCACUUGUCUCACUGAAGACGUUGAAAGCGGAGUGUGGCGGAGCGCUAAGCAAGGAAACUCCGUGCAGUUUUUACAGCGAAGCUCUAUAUGGCUAGCCGAUUCGUCUGUCCGUCGCCUGUACGUCGAAAACACCUCCGGCGCAAACCCAUGCGCAUGCCCGAAAAGAGGCGGGCGAUUGGCUACGCUAGUAGUGACGUCGUUGCUCUCAGUCGCAGCUGAGUGCGCGCAGCAGCAGUUUCUCUCCGGCUCCGAAAUGCGUAGGCUAGGCGUCAUACGUACUCCUUCGGAGCAGGCAGCUUUCUAUCAACAACGCCCCGAACAUAACCGGGAACGAGCUCGUCUACGCCAUGCCUAUGCUGAAGCCCGGGCACAAGAACAGACUCGUGAAGCCGAGCGCAAGCAGCAACUGCAUACCGAGUAUCCGGCAGCCUACCAAGCUGUCGUUUAAUGAACCGUCGGGAUUAUUAACCGGGACCGGGGCCGCACGUUUCAGCUUCGUUGGUUAGUCACCUGUACGGAGUGCUUGGGCGCUGAUUUUUUGUUCAUUCUUCGUAAUACAAACUCUGUGCGCACUGCAGGCAGGAAAAUUGGUAGGGUCAAAUGCGUUUUGAAUGAUAAUAGGGAGCAGCGCUGUCUUGUGUGAUUGUUUCAUAAAUACACGGUUUUGCAAAGAAUUUUGAGUGCUUCUAGGAUUCUGUGGGUAGCUUUGGCUUAUAUUUCAGUAUUUUGACUGAGUGUUGGCUAUUGCACCAUUUUUUUUUUCAUAUUCGCUCACGUAUAUUGGCUUUUAUUUCUACGCUAAUAAAAGUGAAACGGCGUUUGGAA